AUGGCCAAGCCGGGUGCACAAGCCUGCGCAGAUUCCCGUGACAGUCAGCAAACCUCUGACCUGUGUUCUUCGACCUGUUUACAACGGAAAAGGCUUCCUUUGACCGAACGGUAUAGACCAAGAUUCGGGCUUGAUCCGAAGACAAACUCCGAUACGAUACUGGCAGCCUUGAGGGAAACCAAGGACACUUGGGGCUGUGUGCCGUUUGUCUGA